AUGGCAAACUCAGAGCAUGAUGAGUCUUCACUAUGUAAAGAGAAUGAAGCAACCCAGUCUUUGAGAGAAGUAGGAACAUUUACACAGACUGUUGAAGAAGACACUACAAUGGCGCCCUCUUUUGGUGAUGAGAGGUCAUUUUUGGGUGAAGGUCCUGCCGCAGGAAACACUUCUCCGUCCUCUCAGGAUAAGAGAAUGAUUGAUGAAAAAAUCUCUCCCAUAGAAAACCAACUUCAGUACUUGCUGAACAAGGCAGAUGAGUUUCAAACACAGCUUUUGUGGAGCCAAGACUGCCUCCAGAAUUAUGAGUUUGUCCAUAUUGUCCCAAUGUUUCUGCAAACUUGUCAGUCGUACUUCACUUACUUGGAGUCCACAGCCAGAAACUCCAACCCCUUCCGCCCACCUCUGUCCACAUAUAUUCGCACACAGCUUUUGCAGUUCUCUCAGCAACUGUGUUCUCGUCUGGAACAGCUGAUGUUGCUGUACGCCUCCUUCAGUUUCGUCUCACUGGAGGAAUCUGAUCCACUGAGUAUCUCACACUUCUAUAUUGGCCAGUGUCAAAUAGACAACAUGAAGCUGUCAAUCUUCCGAUACUGUUGCCCCACCCCCUUUCUUGCCACAGCCAGUACUGGGCUAUACAAGCGUAUGCGCUGGAAUGUGGAUCGAGAGAUACAGGGAGGAGAAGGAAAGACGUUUGACAGUGCAGAGUUUUACUUUCUGUGCUGCGAGGAUGUCAUUGAGACUCAAGAUGAGAAGGAUGGAGAGGGAACAUGCGAGGGAGAAAAUACAGAGAGAGAGAAAAGAGUGGCAAGGAUUUGGUCUAUUGGUCGGUGGGUCCAGACAUACCCUGACCCAGAGGACAUCACUGAUUGGGUGUUGUGUUCAGUCCCCUGUGGUCAGUACAAGCAGCUGUUGUGUCUGGGAAUUGAAGAGCCUUCAUCCUGCACUGCCACAGACUGCCUGCUGGGGGUGCUGCUGUCUCCGGAAAUAGAUGGUACAUUUGGCAUUAAAAUAUGAGGUUGUGCUUGCUCAGGGCCUCACCCAUUCUGGAAAGAGCGUUUGGUUUAUUGAAAUCAGAUGGUUAACAGAGUACAGAUAGAAGUUGU